AUUAUUCCCACAUGUUGCGGUAGAAUGAGACAACGUGGCCAGUGUCAGUGCAACGUGGUGUUAUGAUGAACACGCUCCUCAAGAUCUGAAGCAAAUGCUUCCAGCCACAGUGCAUUUGUGAUUUCACCUGUAAUGCCGCCUGUGGUGUUACGGAGAGUAGAAAGUCUAAUGACUACCAUUGUGGAUCCAGCCUUCAAGGCUAUACCAAAGAACAGCACUGCUUUCCUUAUAUGGAGGAUAGAGAACUUGCAAGUAGUGCCUGUUCCAAAGGAUCAGUAUGGCAGCUUCUAUGAGGGCGAUUCCUACAUUGUCUAUGCUGCAUCCGAGUAUGGGAAACCUGCUUCAGCAGAUUCCAGGCCUGUCCAGAUACAUGGAACACCUGAAGUCCACAUCCACUUCUGGCUGGGUAAGGAAGCGACCACUGAUGAGGCAGGCAUAGCAGCAUACAAAACAGUGGAGCUAGACGACUACCUGGGGGGUUCUCCCAUUCAACACCGUGAGUCACAGGGCAAUGAGUCGGCUCGGUUCAAGGGGUACUUCAAGGCAGGCAUGAGGCUGUUGAAGGGAGGUGCAGCAUCAGGCUUCAACCAUGUCACUGAUACAUUUGAACCCCGCCUUUUCCACAUUAAGGGCAGACGUUCACCAGCUGUCACUCAACAUCCAAUCAGUUGGGAAUAUUUCAACAGUGGUGAUGUGUUCAUUAUUGACACAAGGGAAAUUGUGUUUGUAUGGGUGGGCAAGUCUGCUAACAACAUGGAAAAGCUGCAGGCUACCAAGGUGGCAACAAAACUGCGUGAUGAGCACAAUGCCAGCUCCAUCGUAUUUGUGGACGACGGGAAGGAGAAGUCAUUGCCUGUCUGUGAGAGGACAGUGUUCAAUGCUCACCUGGGCCUGAGUAAUCACACAGUCAAGUCUGCAGAAGAAGCUGGCGCUGAUGAUGUUCAGGAGGAAGUCAAACGAGCAACGCUUACUCUGUACCAUUGCAGUGAUGAGGAUGGCACCUACAAGGUCACAGAGGUCAAAUCUGGCCCCCUAGAACAGAGUGAUCUGAGGUCAGAGGAUUCCUUCAUUAUUGACAAUGGUCCUGAAGGCAUAUGGGUGUGGGUAGGUCGCAAAGCAUCAUCUAAGGAACGGGUUGAAGCAAUGCGUAAUGCUCAGGGUUAUGUGACCAAGAAGGGCUAUCCAAGCAACACAUUAGUCACAAGAGUGGUGGAUGGAGGUGAGCCCAUUGAGUUCAAAGUGCUGUUCACAUCCUGGAAGGAAUACAACCAGACAUCUGGCAUAGGAAAACAAAACAAUGUUGGUAAGAUUGCCACCACUAUCAACAACAAGUUUGAUGCAGCCACCUUGCAUGACAAACCAAAGUUUGCUGCUGAAUCACAGCUUGUAGAUGAUGGUACAGGAGAGCGCACCGUGUGGCGUGUUGAGAAUUUCGAGCUGGUCCCUGUGCCUGACAAUCUAAAGGGUGUGUUCUUUGCCGGGGACUGCUAUGUGGUGAAGUACACAUAUCUUGCUGGAGGCAUAGAGAAGCACCUCAUCUACUACUGGCUCGGACAAAAAUCAUCCCAAGAUGAGCAGGGAACCGCUGCACUCAAGACGGUGGAGCUGGAUGAUCAGCUGGGCGGUGCAGCAGUGCAGGUGCGUGUGGUGCAGGGCAAGGAACCAGCACACUUUCUUACCAUCUUCAAUGGCAGGAUGAUCAUUCUGCAAGGUGGCAAGGCAUCUUCAUUCGAUGGUGAAGGAGCUAAGGACACUGGAAUUCCAAAGGACUUCUUGCUGCAGGUGCGAGGAAAUGACAGUCAUAACACCAGAGCAACCCAGGUUGACCUCCGGGCAGCCUCACUGAACACAAAUGAUGUGUUCCUGUUGAAAAUCGGUGGCCACAGCUAUGUGUGGUGUGGUAAAGGCUCUACAGGGGAUGAACGAGAGAUGGCCAAGAAGGUUGCUGCUGCAGUUGCCCCAGGAGAACAAGAAGUAAUAUAUGAAGGUCAAGAGAAACCCGACUUCUGGGAAGCGAUUGGUGGCCGAGAGGAGUAUGCAAGUGACAAGCGCCUAGCAGACUCCACCGACACCAUGCCUGCCCGGCUAUUCCAGUGUUCCAAUGCAAGUGGAGCAUUCAAAGUGGAGGAGAUCAUGAACUUCACACAGAGUGACCUCAUCUCAGAAGAUGUAAUGAUGCUGGAUGCUCAUGACUCCAUUUUUCUGUGGAUUGGAAAUGACUCUAAUAAGAAUGAACGAGACACGGCUGUCAAGAUGGCCAUAGAGUACCUCAAAUCAGAUCCCUCAAACCGCAGCGAUGACACAGCCAUCUUGAAGGUGAAGCAAGGUUAUGAACCUCCCACAUUCACUGGUUUCUUUGGAGUCUGGGACACCUCACUGUGGAAUGAGAACAAGUCAUUUGAAGAUGUGCGUCAUGAGCUAGAGGGUAGCAAUCCUGUUCUUGAAUUGGACCCACGUCUGGUUGAUGGUGCCAAGAACUUUAGCGACUUUCCCAAAUACCCACUUGAAAAGCUGCAGGCUUCAGCUGAUGACCUGCCUGAAGAAGUGGACAAGACACGCAGAGAGCUGCACUUGUCAGAGGAGGAUUUCAAGGCAGUAUUCAAAAUGGAUCAUGCACAGUUCUCUACACUGCCAACCUGGAAACAACACAACCUGAAGAAGGCAGCUCAUCUCUACUAAAACAGUGACUCCACAUUGUAAUCGCUGCCACUUCCACACAUAAUCUGUAACAACAUUCUAAUUAUAUUUCUCAUAACAUUUUAAAAUGAUGAAUUAAUCAGAAUUCAACUGCAAAUUUGAAACAAAAUUCCAGUGGUUUUAAAGUAAACACCUUCACUGCUUACAGCAUUACAUUGGGCAGAAUAGAUUACUCUGCAUCAUGCUUACAGCAGUAGCGAUAAUCAAUCCCUAUUUGUAGAACAAACUAAACAUUGUCUGUUAAAACCAAAUAUAACCCUAUCUCAGCACUGGACAAUCCCAAGAUAAAGCAGCUGAGAAUCAUGUGAUUGGCAAAAAUGUCUGGGAACUUAAUAUGUACUUAUUAUUUUAUGCAGAUGCAAGAAAUUCUAUUUCUAUGGUCUUUAUAGUGAAAAAUAUAACAAGUUCUUAUUGUUUCAAAUUUACGUUAUCUAGCUACUAAAAACUUUACACUGAUGGAUGCAGAUUUGUUGCAUAAAUGUCCAAGAACUGCUGCCAGCUUCAACUACUACUCCUAGGGUAAAAUUCCUCAAAACAAAAGUAAGUAAUUCCACUGCUGAAGAACUUCACUGUCUAACUCUUCUUCACAAAAUACAACUUAUAUGAAAGAUGUAAUUUGAAACCCUCAGCUACAACAGUUCCCUGCCUCCUCUGAAAAUUUCAUACAUCCUGUGAAAUGUCAAAGCUUAAUUCCAGCAUAGUAUUCAGGUGUAAACUAUUUUACCCUAUCAGUAAUUUAGUGCCAGAAUCUGAAUCAAGAGCUUGCCCAGUUAUAAUUAAUGACUGCCAAAGUCAACUCACUCAGUUCACCAAAUCUAAAAAACCAUUCUGUAAUCACAAAAGAUGUGUAACAUUCAUCUAGAUGGAUGACACAGCAUUCCUGGAAGUCUAUCACAAAGAAAGUAACAAAUCUGGCAUCUUCAUUCCCAAAUGUUUGUAAGCAAGCAGUACAUGCGCAGAAUUUGCUUAUGUAGAAUUCAGUGCAGAAAUUCAAUAAAAAUGUUAGCCACCAAUCAUUUAUUUUUUAGAAAAAAAGAAAGAAAAGAACUAUAUUAUUAAAUAUCUUUUACAUAUGUUAAACUGCUCUUUACUAUUCUCCUAUUUCUUUCCUUCUUCAGUGAGCUUUUAUUCUAUUUCAAUUAAGACAGGCAUAAGUAGGAACCAGGCAAUUCAAAGACACUAAAUUUCCACAAUCUGUUGAGACUGUAUUUAUGUAAUUAUUUCAUUUCCCUAGCUUGACAUCUGUUAAGUACAGAAAGAGUUCAGAGCACAAAGCAACAGAGUUUGCUAAAAUGCAAAUGCAUCAGAGUGUAGCUAUUUUAUAAGAUAAUAUCCUUAAUUCCAACAAUGACAAGUCUUAUAACAUAAAUUACUUCUACAGGUAGGUUUAAUUGUAGUAUAUCUGAAUCCUGUUAUUAAACAGAAAUAUAAUAGUGCCAUUCUAGUGGUUUCUAAUCCUCUGAAUACUGCCCACAUAACAAAAGCAACACUGCAUUCUAGGAAUUUGCAAAUAUGACAAUGGUAAAGUACUUAGUAUGUGUUAACAGAAGAAACCCCUAAGGGAACAAAACAGUUUUAAUAAUAUCAUAUUUUCAUAGACAGCAAAAUUUCCUUCAGUACCCACUACGUUAAUUUCCAAAAACUCCACAAGACCUUGAGACAUAUGGUAAGUUUGGUCCCAAGCAUGACUCUCUUAACACCACAGCUCUUAUUUAAUGGGAUUCAGGUAGACAGGAGAAACAAAGAUGACAGAAUAAAACCUUGUAUCCCUUUUCUACACAACCAUCCUAUAAUAUGACAAGGGACUUUCAAGGCCUGAUUCCCUGGAGGUUGAAAACAUAAAAUGACACAUUUGGAAAACAAUUUUUACUAUAAUCCUAAAGGCUGCUUUUUCUUUUACCUGAUAAAUUAAAGUUCCUAGUAUAAAUAUUCCACAGUGUCGCAGCCGUGUAAUGCCACAGUUCCACUUUGACAAUGUGAAUAAUAGUUGUAUAUACAGACAAAGUUCACGAAGAGUCACAGAACACAAUGUAACACUAUGAUCAAACACAUGUUACUACACAAGUAAAUUAACUGCAAUACUAAAACAAAAGAUACAGGUCAUCAAUAGACGAACAAAAAAAUUUAUAACAUUGGAAUACUAUGAUUGUGUUACAAUUAGAUCCUUACAAAGGCUCAUCAGUUUUGUGUUAUAGUGCAAUGAAAACAAUAAAGUUACAGCAUUUCUAUUAAAAAACA